GUUAACCUCAAUUUCAUCAAAUGUAAACAAAUACACAUGGUAAACACAAAUUCCCUUUAAAUUUCCAGUUUUUGAGUGAAAAUGUCCCAAAAAAUUCACAUUAAAAGUGCAUCUGAUUCAACUAGGGUUGGACCUUUAGCUGCCACCCAAAAAUAUCAUAGAAUAUAUACACCAGGUGAAGAAGUAAUUAAAGCUGCAACAUUAAAUUUUGUCAGAGGUCAUGGAACUUAUGAAGAAAAUGGGGAUCUUAAAGCAUCAGUGGCUGGAGUUAAAGAACAAGUUAACAAGCUUAUUUCUAUUCGUCCAUUAAAGAGCAGGUACAAUGGUCAAGUUGGAGAGGUUUUAGUAGGCAGAAUAAUGGAAGUACAGCAGAAGAGGUGGAAGGUUGACACAAACUCAAGGCUAGAUUCAGCAUUGCUUUUAUCUUCUGUUAAUUUGCCUGGAGGAGAAUUGAGAAGGCGAUCAGUGGAGGAUCAACACAUGAUGAGGCAGUAUUUGCAAGAGGGUGACUUAAUCAGUGCUGAGGUUCAAAGUGUGUUUACAGAUGGAACUCUUUCAUUACAUACUAGAAGCUUAAGAUACGGAAAGCUGGGUCAAGGUAUUUUAGUCAAAGUAUUCCCAUCCCUAGUGAAAAAAUCAAAAAUUCACUUUCACAAUUUACCUUUUGGAGUAAGCUUAAUCUUAGGAAAUAAUGGUUAUAUUUGGAUAAGCCCACCUGUUACUGAAAGUGAAGGAAACGAAGGUGGUUUUGUACAAAACUUGGAAGAAGUUAUUCCGAAAAAUAUAAGAGAGGCCAUGGCUAGGGUAAGAAAUUGUAUCUUAGCUUUAUCCCAGAGCCAUUUGAUGUUAUUUGAUACCAGUAUAAUAUUUGCAUAUGAAGAGUCCCUUAAAUAUUCAGUUCAUGAGUUAUUAUUGCCUGAAGCAAUGGUGGAUAUUGCUGUGUUAACCCAACACAGGUUAAGUAUGAUGGAAGACUACGAAUUCCAAUAAAUCUAAGUGUUUCAAUAAAUGUAAGAUUUAAAGGUUUUUUUUAUAAAAUAAAUUAUUUCAUACU